AUGAUUUUUUAACCUAUAUAAGAAUAAAAUAUUAAUUCUUUUACAUUAAUAUAAAUCGAAACUGAUACUUUUUCCUUUUAAAAAUUAUUUAAAAUCCUAGGUCCUGGUUUAUUAAUAUCUUUGGGAUAUUUAGAUCCCGGAAACAUAGCCGGAGAUAUUUAAGCAGGACUUAAAGCUCGUUAUAAUUUAAUAAUUAUAUUAUUUAUGACUACUCUAUUAGGUUAUUUUUUCUAAAUAAGAGCCAUGAAACUAGGAAUAGUAACAGGGAAAGAUUUAGCAGAAUUAUGUAGAGAUAACUUCGAUACAAAAACAUCUAUUUCAUUAUGGAUAAUGGCCGAAAUAGCCAUUAUAGGUAGCGAUAUAUAAGAAGUAUUAGGCAUAGCAAUCGGCCUAAAUAUUAUUUUCGGUUUAAAAUUAUGGAUAGGAGUAUCAUUAGCAAUUUUUUUAAGUUUUAUAUGCCUUUUAAUGAAAGGAAAUGGUGAUAAAAAAUUUGAAUUGUUAAUUUGUUUUUUUAUAGGUUUAAUGGGGCUUUGCUUUUUUUUAAACGUUUUUUUAUUUUAACCUAAUUUCGGGGAAAUUCUUUAAAGUUUUUUCUUACCAAAUAUACCAAAAAGUGGUAUUUUUCCAAUGAUGGGACUCAUAGGAGCAGUUUUAAUGCCUCAUAAUUUAUAUUUACACUCAUCUUUAAGUAGAGAGUAAAAAAUAGAUACUAAUAAUAUCUCUUUUAUUAAAAAUAUACUGGUUUAUUAUAAAAUAGAAUGCGCUUUUUCAUUAUUUUUAUCAUUUUUGAUUAGUUCAGCGAUUAUUAUUACCUUCGCUUCUUUUUAUUAAACUGAACAUUCAGAUAUGAAUCUAUAAACUGCAGGUUUGGCCCUAGAAAGUUCAUUUGGAACUUUAUCUAAAUAUAUAUGGGGAAUUGGCUUGAUUUGUGCAGGUUAAUCAUCUACAUUAACAGGAACACUUUCGGGUUAAUAUAUAAUGACUGGUUUUAUUAAAAUGAAUAUAAAUUUAUAUUUAAGAAGUUUAAUUUCAAGAGCUAUAGCUAUAGUACCAUCUUUUAUUAUUGCUUUUUGGGAUGAAAAUAGUGAUUAUAAUGAUUAUUUAAAUGUAUUAUAGGCUAUAUAAUUGCCUUUUGCAAUUAUUCCGUUGUUAAAAUUUAAUAGUAGUGAAUAAAUUAUGGGAAAGGAAUUUCUUAUAGGAAAAUAUUAAAUGUGGCUUUUAAUCGGAUUUUCAGUUGGGAUUGUUGGUAUGAAUUAUGUGAAUGCCUUUAUUAGUUUAUAUGAAGGGGUUUUUGGGAUGGUUGAAAAUCAAAUCAUUUAGGCUUUUAUUUUCUUAGGAGUUUUUUUAGGAGGAGCAUUUUAUUUUAUAUUUAUGUACUUUUUGGUUAAAUAAGAUAUUUGUGUAGAAUAAAAUUAAUAUUUUGAUAUUGAUUAAAAUUAAUAAGAUUAUUAAGAAAAUGGAAAAAAUGAAUUGGAAAUAGAAUAAAAUAUAGAAUGA